CCUCCGCACGGUCUCCCUCCGCACGGAUUUCAGGGGGUUGGUGACCGUGGGUCGGGGGAAACCCCGAUUCCUUAUUUUCGCGGGCUUUAGCUGGAACCUGGCGUUUCUUUCCGCUUAUCCAGGUCUCCCUAAGGAACAACACGCCCUAAAGCAUUAGUAGGGCUUGUGGCAGAGCGCUGGAAACGGCCUUUCACUAUCGCUUAGCAGCCCCCGCUUUAGAGCAUUUCGAAGCCCUGAGAGAUUGAGUGGCCUGCCCGAGAGCGCUCGGCUUUUAGAGGCCAGCCCUCUCCGAUAUCCCUCGUCUGGCCAUCGCCCGUAAAACGGGCGUAACUGCCCCACACCUUCCUCAGCUGCUGCUGUUGAGGAUCAGCUGUCGUGAUUCAGCCUAAAGUCUCGUUCCUCCACAUCCCUCUCACUGGUCACCCUGGCCAGGCUGACAAAGCACAAGCCCCAAUGAUUCCGAACCGGGAAACCUCCGUUCCUGAGGCACCGGCGGAGGAGCGCUUUUGCCAGCAGACGUCAUCCCAGGAGAAGGCUGGCUAUGGGAACUGACACUCUCAUCUCCCAAAAUAAGAACGGUGAUCUGCAGCCUGUCCUAAGGCGGUCAUGCGUCCUUGUAAAAGUGAAGCAUAAACAGCAUUAUUGGGGGCAGUCAGAAUGAGAAGCCCAGACUUUGCAAUGCCCUUCUGUGACGGUCUUUCUUCUCAUCUGACUGGCCUUCCCCUACCUCCUGACUUCAUGUGUGAGAGAAGUCCCUACUAUGCACACUCCCUCCAAUAACUUUAAUGUGAUGCCUCCUCUGGAUCAGCCAUUGUGCCAAGUCCCGUUAGAUGGAUGGCAGAGCAGCUCUGUCUUAAAGGAACUUACAUUCUCAGCACGUGCCCCUCAUUAGCUCAGAUGAUUCUCAUUCAUCCUUGGCCCUUGAGAGGGUGAUUCGAUCUACUUUCCAACAAGAUGUUAGUAUUUUUGAAACGUCCUGUUCUUGUAACUGCAGAGAUCAACUUGAACUUAGUGGCUUUGACGGUGGUGGCUUUAUGGAGUCGCUUAUGGAGACUCUCCUAUCCACGGGCAGUAGUCUUUGAUGAAGUCUACUAUGGGCAAUUUGUGUCACUUUACAUGAAGCAUAUCUUCUUUGUGGAUGGUAGUGGACCACCACUUGGCCACAUGUUGCUUGCUUUUGGAGGUUAUUUGGGAGGAUUUGAUGGCAACUUUUUGUGGAACAGAAUUGGAGCAGAGUAUACUAAUAAUGUGCCAGUGUGGUCUUUGCGCCUGUUGCCAGCGCUAGCAGGGGCCCUUUGUGUCCCGUUAGCUUAUCAGAUUGUAUUAGAACUCCACUAUUCCCACUACUCCGCUCUCGGAGCUGCACUUCUGAUUCUGAUAGAGAAUUCCUUAAUUACUCAGUCUAGGCUGAUGCUAUUGGAGUCAUUAUUAAUUUUUUUUAAUCUCUUGGCGGUAUUGUCCUACCUAAAGUUCUCCAAUUUCCAAAAAUACAGCUCAUUCUCUGUGAGCUGGUGGGUUUGGCUAAUUCUCACUGGAGUUUCUUGUUCUUGUGCAGUUGGGGUAAAAUAUAUGGGCCUUUUCACUUAUAUUCUGCUACUUACCGUUGCUUCAGUCCAUGCCUGGCACUUGAUUGGAGACCAAGCUUUAUCAAAUGCUCGUGUAUUUUGUCAUUUGUUAGCCAGAGGAGUGGCCUUGUUGAUUAUACCAAUAUUUAUGUAUUUAUCUUUUUUCUACAUCCAUCUAAUGGUGCUAUAUCGCUCUGGACCCCAUGAUCAAAUUAUGUCUAGUGCUUUUCAAGCCAGCUUGGAGGGUGGAUUAGCUCGGAUCACGCAAGGCCAGCCAUUAGAGGUAGCCUAUGGUUCCCAGAUCACCCUGAGAAAUGUUUUAGGUAAACCCAUGCCUUGCUGGCUUCAUUCACAUAAGAACACCUACCCUAUCAGGUAUGAGGAUGGCCGAGGCAGCUCUCAUCAACAACAAGUGACUUGUUAUCCCUUUAAAGAUGUCAAUAACUGGUGGAUUGUAAAAGAUCCUGGGAAGCAUCAAUUGGUAGUGACCAAUCCUCCUAGGCCUGUACGGCAUGGGGAUAUUGUACAGCUGGUCCAUGGAAUUACCACUCGCUUCCUCAAUACGCAUGAUGUUGCUGCACCUCUAAGUCCACACUCUCAAGAAAUUUCCUGUUACAUCGACUAUAACAUUUCCAUGCCGGCCCAGAACCUUUGGAGAGUGGAUAUCGUAAACCGUGAGUCAGAUUCAGAUAUAUGGAAGACUAUUUUGUCAGAAGUUCGGUUUGUACACGUCAACACUUCAGCUGUACUGAAGCUAAGUGGGGCAUCAUUACCUGACUGGGGUUAUUGGCAGCUGGAGAUCAUUGGUGAAAAAUCGGUCAAGAGCUAUCACCAGAGCAUGUUAUGGAAUGUGGAGGAACACCGAUAUGGGAAAAGCCAGGAGCAGAAGGAGAGAGAGUUGGAGUUGCAUUCCCCUACUCAUAUUGAUAUCAGCAAAAACCUCAGUUUUAUGGCCAGAUUCACAGAAUUGCAGUGGAAGAUGCUCACAUUAAGGAGUGAAGAAACUGAGCACAAGUACAGUUCCUCGCCCCUGGAAUGGCUCACACUAGAGACAAAUAUUGCCUACUGGCUACAUCCCAAGACCAGUGCUCAAAUCCACCUACUUGGAAACGCUUUGACCUGGUCUUCAGCCAAUAUUGCCACUUUGGCCUAUGUGCUUCUGUUUUUCUGGUAUCUGCUCAGACGGAGGAGAAAUGUUUGUGACAUCCCUGAAGAUUCCUGGUCAUUCUGGGUAUUAGCUGGGACUGUGUGUUGCGGAGGCUGGGCUGUGAACUAUCUUCCCUUCUUUCUGAUGGAGAAGACGCUAUUCCUUUACCACUAUCUGCCUGCUCUCACCUUCCAAAUCAUCCUACUCCCUAUUGUGCUGCAGCAUGUGAUCGAAUACCUUUGCAGAUCCCAGCUCCAGAAGAACAUAUUCAACUCUUUAAUUAUAGUAUGGUUUUCCUCUGUGUAUCUGGUUUAUCACACAUUUAGCCCACUAAUCUAUGGAGAUCAAUCUCUCUCAACAAACGAACUCAAGGCUCUGCGUUGGAAGUCUAGCUGGGAUAUCCUGAUUAGAAAACACUAAUGGAAAAAAAAGAAUAAACUAAUGGAAAUCUGAGAUAGGGGGUGGGUUAAAGUAGAAGAGAUCUUGUUUGUUUCUUUCUUGCAUUUAUUAAUGAGCAAAGCUACUCUGGAAUUGAAGUAGUGACUGAUGAGUUCCUCACCUUUAAUUGCAGAAAGAAGUAACUGAAAACUUCACAUCUUAAUUUUUAUCAUUUCAUUUCACCAUUAAGAAGGCCAAUUAAAAGUUAACUUACAUUUUGAGCAAGGAUGUUUUUUCCUGAAAACUGAAAAGACUAUUUCCACUGACUCAUGUGACCCUUAAUUGAAACAAAACUGCUUUUCAUUUAAUUGAUUAACAUAGUCAUGCCCUCCAACCUUGACCGAGACAAAAAGAAAUCAUAUAGGCCAAAAGAACUAGAGUCCACAAUCAAACCUACAAUUCGGCUUUUUAACUAGGAGGUUACUGGUAAUUGUAAUAGUUGUUAUUUUCCAGUUCCUCCUUUGGCUAGACUCAUGCUGUCACUAAUACUUCCUAAAUCAGAAGCCAUUCCUGAAUGAUUCCAUUUUCCCAGUCUGUGUGAUGGGAAGGUAAGUUACUUUGGGUAAAAAGCCUCUUAAGAGGUUUAAUUUAAGUUUUCUGACUAAAAGAUGAAAAAACACAGACUAUUAUCUUAUUAUGGCUUUGGUAUUUUCUAAAAAUCCUUAUUAUAAGAUUUUGUUCUAGGGUGGCAUUAUGUUAAGUGAAUGAACAUGAUCCCUAAUUGAAAGUGUUAGUUUCAUCUCUGUAAUGCCUCUUUCUGAAAUCUGAUUUAUGUUUACAAAUAUAAAAAUAAUUUUAAAGAGACAAAUGAACACUAUUUGGUAUUUGUUUAUUAGUCCCAAAAUGGUACAUUAAGCAAGACAAAGAUUUUAGGUAAUUACAGUUUGGAAAAACAAAGUAUCUCAUAUUAACUAUAAUGAUUUAUGCCUAACAGAAGAAAACCACAAGUGGUUAUACAUGAGGAGAUUGAAUAUAAAACAGAUUUUAUCUAUUUAUAUGUGCAUACAUAUGUAUACAUAUACAUUCUAUAUAAUGUACACAUAUAUAUAUUAUAUAAAGGGAAUUGAACACUAGUUAGAAGGGAAGCUUAUAGAGAA